AUGAAUUAAUAUGAGGAUGACUAAUUUUUGAUUUUUGUGUAACGAGUUUACGAAUUACUAUAAUCAAAAUAAGUAAUUUAAGCCUUAGUAGAUAAUGGAUUUGAUUAAUGGGAAUAGACUAAAGAAUUAACAAUAGAUCUUUUAUUGGAAUUAGGAGUUCCACAAGAUAAAGCUAUUUAAAUAAUCUAAAUCAUAAAUGACAUUGAUAAAUAGCCAUUAUCUGCUAAAUCUAAUUCUAAGCCUUUAACUUUAGAAUUAAUGAUUAAGGGUUUAAAUAAAAAAAAAGAUUAUUCAAAAAAGCCACCUCUUAAAAAACAAGACCAAUUGUCUGAUUGUUGUGUGCUUUCAUUAAAUGGUUUAGGAUUAACAUCUUUAAGUGAUUGUAUUUCUAUGGCUAAAGGAUUAUAAGUACUUCAUAUUUAUGAUAACAAUUUGUAAAAAUUAGUAUUGUAGGAUUUAUAAUUCUUAAGAAUAUUAAAUGCUCAAAAUAACUAAUUAAAAUCUGUUGAAUUUGAAUAAUUACCUUCUUUAGAAAAAGCAUACUUCGACAAAAAUUAUCUUACUAUUUUGCCAAUCUUACCUAGUAGAUUGAAUACUCUAUCUAUUUCUAAUUAAAAUACUAAAGAAUUUUAAUUCCCUGAUGAAUCAUUUGAAUUAGCAGCCUUCUCAUUAAUUAAUUUAACUUGUGAAAAUUCUAAUGUUGAAUUUAUUUUAACUUUAGGAUCUUUACAAAAUUUAGAAUACUUAAAUUUAAAAAAUAAUAAAAUUAAAGAAUUUGAUGUAUUCAUUUAAAUUUAUAUAAUAAGGACAUCGAAGAUUCAAUAUCUAAUCUACCAAAUAUCAAAGAAAUAGAUUUGAGAGGAAAUCCUAUCACUUAAGUCUACAAAUAUAGAGAUAGAAUUGUGUUAUUAUGCAAAACUAUUUGUAAAUUUAGAAUUUUAUUUAAUAGAAACCAUUGAUAGUAAAACUGUAUUGGCAAAUGAACGUUAAUAUCUUAUUAAUUUAGGUAAAUAAAAAAUUUUGAGAAGAAAUCAAAGUUUGGAAGGAAAAAAAUAAACUUUAUAAAAACCAUCUGUGAGUGGAGUUAAAUAAAAAAUUCUAUCUAAUGAAGAAUAAAGAUCUCAUUAAUAAUAAGGAAUAUCAAAAACUAUUAAUUCAGCUAAUUAUUUCAAUGAUAACACCCCCAUCAUGCUUACUAAGCAUAAAUGAC